AUUCUUCAACACAAACUCUCAACUACUACUACUACUACCACUACUACAGCGACAACUUCAAUUACCUACCUACUUCAUACCCAACACCACACAUUCACCAUGGACUUUGUCAACAAGCUCGCCGGCGGCAACAGCCAGAGCGCCAACGAACAAGUCGUCGGCGACCAGCAAAAGUCCCAACAAUCCUCCGGCUCCGGUGGCUUCCUCGGUGGCCUCGGCGACAAGUUGAACUCUGCUGCUGGUGGCGGUCGUGAGAGCGAGAAGAACGAGGACUACGUUGACAAGGGCGUCGACUAUGUUCAGGAGAAGUUCAUGGGCGCCGGCCCUCAAGACAACGAGUCUGCGCUCGAGCAAGCCAAGGACGAACAGAUCAGCGAUGCCAUCCGCAAGCAGUACAAGAACGCUACUGGCUCAGAUGUCCCCAUUCAGGACAAAUAGAGGAGCUGCGAUAUGAGCCAGCAGGACAGGGGAUCCGUUGGUCAUGCACACCAGUAUGAUAGCCAUGACAUAAAGUAUUGAUAAUGCAUCAAGCGAUACUAGAA